UGUGUGUGUGUGAGUUGCUGCAGACUCACUGUUUUGUACAUUUCUUUUUUCCUCUACUACAAAAAAAAAAAAACAACACACACACACAGAGCACCCUUUUUAUUUUGCAUUUAUUCACAGGAUCUAUUUCUUGGUCGAAGUUGAAACUUUGGAGUUUAUUUUUCUGUGUUUGCUCCUCGAAAAGAAAAAGAAAAAGAGUCUAGAAGAAGCAAACGACCAAACCUGGAGGAGGAACAGGGCGUUGAUUCUCAGAAGAGCCAUGGAGGUCCCUGGUAUGCAGAGUUCUCAGAUUGAUCCGGAGGAGUUGUUCACCAAAUUAGAUCGCAUUGGAAAGGGAUCUUUUGGAGAGGUGUUCAAAGGCAUCGAUAAUCGCACUCAGAGCGUCGUCGCCAUAAAGACGAUCGACCUGGAGGAGGCGGAGGACGAGAUCGAGGACAUCCAGCAGGAGAUCACCGUUCUCAGUCAGUGCGACAGUCCGUACAUCACCAAGUACUUCGGAUCGUAUCUGAAGGGCAGUAAACUAUGGAUCAUUAUGGAGUAUCUGGGAGGAGGUUCAGCGCUCGACUUGCUCCGGGCGGGUCCGUUCGACGAGUCCCAGAUCGCCACCAUGCUGAAGGAGAUCCUGAAGGGUCUCGACUACCUUCACUCUGAGAAGAAGAUCCACAGAGACAUCAAAGCUGCCAACGUGCUGCUGUCGGAGCACGGCCAGGUGAAGCUGGCGGACUUCGGGGUGGCCGGUCAGCUGACGGACACGCAGAUCAAGAGGGAGACCUUCGUCGGGACGCCAUUCUGGAUGGCGCCCGAGGUCAUCCAGCAGUCGGCCUACGACUCCAAGGCCGAUAUCUGGUCGUUGGGCAUCACGGCCAUCGAGCUCGCCAAAGGAGAACCUCCAAACUCCGACAUGCAUCCGAUGAGAGUUCUGUUCCACAUCCCCAAGUCUCCUCCUCCGACGCUGAGCGGAGAUUUCUCCAAGAGCUUCAAGGAGUUCACCGAGGCGUGCCUCAACAAGGACCCCACCUUCCGUCCAACAGCCAAAGAGCUCCUCAAACACAAGUUCAUCGUCAAACACUGUAAGAAGACGUCCUACCUCAGCGAGCUGAUCGACAGGUACAGGAGGUGGAAGGAGGAGGGGCACAGCGGCAGCAGCUCCGACGACUCGGACGGUGAGUCCAGUAAUAAAGAGAACAGCGACUCACCUGAGUGGUCCUUCACCACCGUCCGUAAGAAGAAGCCAACGGAGGGAAGGAAGGUCCUCAAUGGAACGGGUCAGGAUCAGCUGACUAAAUCUGCCAGUCUGACCACAGUCAUCUCUCCCGUCUUCACCGAGUUGAAGCAGCAGCACAAGGAGCACUCUGAGCAACGAUUGGCCAUCGAGGAGCUUGAACGCAACAUCCGAUUGGCUGAAGAGGUCUGUCCAGGUAUCACGGACAGGAUGGUCACACACAUCAUUGCCAGAUUCACAACCAACUGAGGGACUCGUAAAUGUUUUUGAAUAAAGGAAGUGAAACGUUCUGUGAAGAGAGAGACUGUCUCCGUACGGUGACGCUGCUGGACGAUUCGGAAUCGGAGGAGAUUUGCUGUGCAAUGUCUCCUCGCUGUACACACACACAUCACACACAAACCCACACACACACAUGCACACACUACUUAUGUAAUAUAUACACUAGAUAUUAUAAAUACAUAUAUAUAUAUAUAUUCACUGCUGCAGGUUGUAGACGUUUUUUUCUCUCCCACGAGUUGAUUCAAAAUUUGCUGAUUUUUUUUUUUAAAUCGACUGUUCUGAAGUUUUGAAAAAACAAUCAAAGUUGGAUUUGCGGUUUCGUUUUCCCUUUUUAGGGUCAUGAACUUCUCUUUUUUUGGUCAGACUUAAUGUAAAAAUAAGUCCCUAAUUGAGAGAAGGCAAGUUAUUUUUAAACUUUAUUAAAAUUACCAUCAUGUGCAUUGAUUAUUUAUGCAAUCAGUCAUUUUCUUAAAGUACACAGUACACAGAAAAAUACACAGAUAAAUAUAUAGAAGAGGGUUCUCGUCCAUCAGCAGUGGUAUCUGUUUCUUUUGUCAUGACUUGUCUUGACUUUGUAGAUGUUUAUACUUUUGUCCAGUAGCACUUGAGACAGAUUAUAUGCCAAUAUUACAUAUUUUUUGUUGUCUUCGGUAAUGCUUUGUAUUACAGUUCCCUUAUUGCAGAAUUCAGUUUAGGUCCCACAAAAUGUAUAGUUUUCAGGGUUAAAUUUGGUCAUUUUAACUAUAAAAGGUUUAUUUUACAGCAAUGGAAAUAAUAAUUUUGAACAUCCAAGGAUAAAAUCCUACUCUUAAAGCAAACACACUUGAGGAAUCUGAGUUUCAUCGGUGAAAAACCUGUUUCAAUCAUUUAUAAGAAUUUAGACCCGUUAUUGACUCAUUCUUGUGAGCUACCAGCCGGCUAGUAGCUUGCUAAAAAGGUACUAGCUAACUGUUUCCAAAGUUAUUAGCUCAACUUAUCUAGGUAAAUGUUUAAAAUGUUUCUUAGACUGUAAAGCAACCAUUUAAAAAAAUCACAUUUUUGACAUGUUUUUUGUUGCUACCAAACUAGCUAGGCAGCUAGUGGCUUGCUAACAAGUACGCUAGCUAGCUAACUGUUGUUAGCUGUUUCCAAAGUAACUAGCUACAUUUAUGUACAUAAAAAAAAUUAAAUGUCUCAAGUUUCUUACUGUUAAAAACAACAAUUUCAAAAUAUUCACAUUUCUGACAAUUUUUGUGGUACUACCAGACUAGCUAGGCAGCUAGUGGCUUGCUAACAAGUACGCUAGCUAGCUUACUGUUAGCUAUUUCUAAAGUAACUAGCUAAUAUGUGUUUAUAUAAAUAUGUUUUAAAAUGCUCAAGUUUGUUAAGCUGUAAAACAACAAUUUGAAAAAAUCUGACAAAUUUAUGGGAGCUACCAGAUUAGCUAGGCAGCUAGUAUUGCUAACAUGUAAGCUAGCUUGCUUGCUUCUUGUUAAGCUGUUUCCAAAGUCGCUAGCUAAAUCAAACUAAUGUCUAAGAUCCUCAAGUUUAUUAAGUUACUUAAGAUAAAGUUACAACUUAAAUGGUUUAAACAGCUGCCAUUUUAUACGAUAAGUGUAGUUUCUUGUGUCUGGUAACACAACAAGUAGCAUUGUAAACCGUUAGUUUAAAUAAUAGCAACAUGAAUAAAUGGUUUUAUCCGUCUUUAAGUAAACAUCGGUUAAGAUUCAAUUCUGGGAUGUUCAAAAAGUGUCUGGUUGGAAUAAGAUUUCAGUGGAAAUAAAAGGAAAAAGGAAUAUUUUCAAGGAUCUUCAAGUAAAACACAACCGCACAAAGGUUUUCCGCUCGCUCGUAAAAAGACUGUCCUUUUCUUGAUACAUAGUAAAGUAGCAAAGGUUCUUUUUGAUACUAUUAAGGGAGCUGUAAUGAAAGAUAUUACUGAUAGUUUGUACCAAAGACACUAUAAAACUUGGUCAUUGUAUAUUUUUGUCUUUUUAUAUAUCAUAAGGGAUACGAAAAUGCUUGUUGAGGGGGGAAAUGUAAAAUGAAAGAUGUAAGAUUUACAGACGUGUACUCUUUUUUUUUUUUUGUAGCGGGACUUAGAGUUUUAUGAAUAAAUAUUU